GCCACAGAGGAAUUCUCAGACAUACCCCACACACAGACACACACUACUCCCAUUUGUUCAUUUCUCUAUUGACUAUUCCCACCAUAAGCCAUAGGUCCAAUGGCCACCAUAUCCACCAAGUUAGCCACCGGCGUUCUCCACAUCCCAUCUCACCCCCACCCCCACCACCGUAAACCACCUUCUUUCCUCCCUACAGCCACCAUUAACUUUGGUUCAUUCACAGCCAACAGUAGUAGUAGUAGUAAUAGUAGUUGUAGCAAUGGUAAGGUGAACAGGCUAACAUGCAAGGCUACAGAGGUUUCAGUGGCGGAGGGGUCAUCGGCGUCGGGCGGAGGGGAUAAUGGGAAAUUCAAUUGGGUGCCAGUGGUUCCACUGUCAGCACUGCCAAAAGGAGAGAGACGUGUAAUUAUACAAGAUGGUGAAACUAUACUGUUGCUUUGGUAUAAAGAUGAUGUUUUUGCUAUUGAGAAUCGUUCCCCUGCUGAAGGUGCUUAUAGUGAAGGCCUCCUUAAUGCCAAGCUAACACAGGAUGGAUGUAUCGUGUGUCCAACAACAGAUAGCACAUUUUAUCUGCAAAAUGGAGCCAUCAAAGAAUGGUACCCCAAUAAUCCUGUGUUGAGAGUCCUUACUCCUGCCUUGAGAAAUUUGUUUGUUUAUCCUGUUAAAACAGACGAUGAGAAUAUCUAUAUUAGCAUGAGAGGAGGCGGAAAAGUUGACGCAUCUGCAGAGAUUGUUUUCAGCGGAAAGGCUCAACCUGGUGUCACAGCAUCUGACGUCAAUGUAGACGAGGUAAGAAUGGUUAUCGACGAGGGUCAAGAGGCCUUUGGAUUCACUGGAAGGAAUGAGCUGAUAAAUGGAAAAGCAGCAGUAAUUGGUUUCCUAUUGCUGUUGGAUUUUGAACUCUUGACCGGUAAAGGUCUUCUCAAAGGAACAGGGUUCUUGGAUUUCAUUUACUCAGUUUCAGAUGCUUUCAAAUAAAACCAUUCCGCUAUAUACUUACUCCCCCUCCCUCUUUUUCCCCUUUUCCUAUUUUUCUGACAAAUUUGCAUUUGUUUAAAUAAACAAAAACAAAGAAUGUUGAUCUUUUUAUAUGUUGUCCAAUUAUAUGGAUUAGUGAAUUAUAGACCAUUGAAUUCCAGCUGAAGAAUGUACAAAUCCUCCUAUUUCGUCUAAUAUUAAUAUGUGCCUUUGAGUUGGAGCA